UCUGUUCGACCCAGUCACGCCCACCAUUAUUUAAGCACAUAACUAGCUACGCUUCCUACCGAUCGAGCUUCAGUGCUUUUCUUCUCCCACUGCCUCCUCACUCAUCGCUCUUUCGUCUUUCGCUAUCCUCAUCACCACCAUCAAUCAUCAUGGUCAACCGCUCAGACGUUCACUACUUUGGUGCCGGCCCAGCGCCUCUUCCCACACCGGUCCUCGAGAAGGCAGCCCAGGUGCUCUUGAACUACAAGGACAAAGGCAUUGGCCUGGCCGAGAUCUCUCACCGCUCGCCCGAGGCCAACGAGAUUCUGGCAGAGGCAAAGCAGGCCCUCACCACCCUGCUUGACAUCCCCGACGACUACGAGAUCCUCUUCCUUCAAAGUGGAGGUAGCGGCGAAUUCAGUGCAACCGUAUACAACCUCGUAUCCAUUUGGGUUGAGAAGAAGCGAGCCAAGAUUGCCAGCGAGGUGGGCGAUGACGAGGCCGAAGUGCUGAAGCGCCUGCGCAAGGUCGUGGACGAAGAGCUCAAGCUCGACUACCUGGUAACGGGCUCAUGGUCGCUCAAGGCUUCGCAAGAGGCUGCGCGUCUGGUCGGUGCUAAACACGUCAACGUGGCUGUGGAUGCUCGCAAAGCCAACGGGGGGAAGUUCGGUGUGAUCCCUUCCGAAGACCAAUGGAACCUCACACCACAUACGUCGGGAGGUGGGCCGGCGCUGGCCUACUUCUGCGACAACGAAACAGUCGAUGGCGUGGAAUUCCCUUCCUUUCCACACAGCCUCGAAGGCGAUGAUGCCCCACUCGUGUGCGGAGACAUGUCCUCCAACUUCAUCUCUCGCAAGGUGGACGUUCGGAAGUUCGCCAUCAUCUUUGGCGGCGCCCAGAAGAACAUUGGCAACACGGGCAUCGCCAUCGUAAUCAUCCGCAAGUCGCUCCUCCCGCCACACUCGCAGCCUGCAUCGCCCGACCUGUUGAGGGCCUUGAAUCUCCCCGUGGGCCCUAUUGUUUUAGACUACCCCACUAUCGCGAAGAACAACUCGCUCUACAAUACGCUGCCCAUCCUGGAUGUGUGGGUUGCAGGGCAGGUCAUGACAGGGCUCGUCGACAAGUACGGUGCCCAGCGUAUUGGAGGGCAAGAGGACAUUUCAAACACAAAGGCCCGGAACAUCUAUCACGUGCUUGACAAAUAUGCCGACGUCUACCAGGUCGUCCCGGCCAAAGACGUCCGCAGCAGGAUGAACAUCUGCUUCAGGGUUCACGGAGGCGAUGCGGACAAGGAAAAGGCCUUUUUGGCCGGCGCCGAGAAGAAGGGACUUCUUGGUCUCAAAGGCCAUCGUAGCGUGGGCGGCAUUCGUGCGAGCAACUACAAUGCAGUAUCGCUGGAAGGCGCGCAAAAACUUGUGGCGUACCUAGAAGAAUAUGCGACUUCUUAA